GGGUCGGCCGGGUCCCACUCCCGUCAUCGUCUUGCCCUUCCAUCCCUCGAACUUCCAACACAUCACCUUCAUUCUUGUCGCUGGAAACUGGAGAUAUUCUGAGCUCAAAGACACCCCAUUUCUUGACACCAUUUCGUCAACCCCCUAGGAAAAAAAUAUCUCUACGGAAUCCGUAAACUGCCACCCGCCAAGCAGCACUUGCACGCCGCUCCUUGCUAUCUGCCCUCCCAAGGCGGUCCUACGACAUCCAGCUAAGCCACGACAACUUCGAACCUCGAUUGUCGAUACUCUUUGUGAAAUAAACUUCCGUGGGAGCUUACAAGCCGCCCAGCAUGGCGUCCGAAGACGCGCGAUACCGCGAAACCUCGCAGUUCCAAGCAUGGUCCUUCUCGCCCGCCCAGCUUGCUGCCAUGCGCGAGAAGACCAACGCCAUCGCCCGUCAAAGAAUAGCCGAGCGCAUGCUAGCAUCAGCCUCGAAUCCGCCGACUUCGAAUAACACAUCCCAUGCGAACACGCCAGACCCGUCUGGACAUGGGACUCCCAACCCCACCGAGAACAGCACACCGACCUUACCCGACUUCCUCAAACCUGAAGAAGAGGCCUUACUUGUGUCCUUUUACGUAUCCGAAUUAUUGCGCGCGGCGGACCAUCUUGGAGUUCCAGACGAAGUCAGGGCGACAGCAACGGUCUUUUUCAGGAGGUUCUUCCUGACGAAUAGCAUCAUGACGUACCCACCACAGGAGAUGAUACUCGUGGCGUUGUUUGUGGGAAGUAAGGCGGAGGGAAGGUUUCCUCGGAUUAUUGAGUUUCAGCAAAAGUUCAAUACGAAGCAGGAUAUCCUCGCUGGCGAGUUUUUGCUUUGCCAGGGCAACAGGUUCAACUUUGAGGUCAGACACCCGUUUAGGGCGUUGAUGGGAGCGACGAUGGAGUUGAGGAGUUACGGGGACAUCGACGAACAACGCAUCAUAGCAGCCGAAAAGCGUGCUCACGAGAUCCUGCUCUUCAGUCCUCUCAUGACCGAUGCCUACUUUCACUACACACCAUCGCAGAUCAUGUUCGCAGCACUAUCCCUUGCCGAUCGCGGACUGGCUGAGCGCCUGAUUCAGGAGACUUUCCACUUUGUCCCGCCCACUACCAACAACGAUAACACCCCUGCCGUGACACCACUACCUGGUUUGGAGAAUCCGGGGAUAGGCCGAAAGGAGGGUGGGAGCAAGGGGAUAACGACCAACGAUGAGCGCGCAGCCAUAGUCGGCCCAGGGAUCCGAGAUAAGGUUAUGGGCACUAUCGAGGCAUGCAGGAACAUGCUGUCCACCGAACUGCCGGAGAGGAAGUCGCAUUGGACUAGUGAAUCAAUCUUCAAAUCCCAAAUCCGGCCCGUCCGCAAGAAGUUGACCAAGUGUCGCGACCCCGAUCGCUGGAAUUUGUCUGAGCUCCAGCGCCAACGCCGAGAGGCAGGAGUCAGACGUGCCGAUUCAGAGGAGCGCCCUGCAGCCAGCAACGGGGCCAAGGAUGCUGCUAUCUUUGGCGGCGAUCUGUCAGCCGAUGCGCCGGAGAAGAAGAGGAGGAAGGUUGAUGGGAAUGGGCUGGAAGAUCCUUUUGGCGGCCCUCUUUGAGGACGGGGUUUGACGAAACCACCUAGCGGUAGCUAGGUGUGAGAAUACACCUACAUGGUCGGCUACAUGAUUCUUUGGACUUGCAUAUACCGAUAGAGACUCGGUUCAGAUCGGUUGGCGUUGUUUUUGUGGCUUUUUGGGGGUACGUAUAGACAGUACAUGAAGCGAUUCACAUAUUCCUAACCC